UAUUUAUUUAAUUUUUUUGUUUUGUUUUGUUUUGUUUUGUGUGUGUGUUUAGAGAGAUUAUUAUUGUUAAUUGCUUCCUUCCUACAGUGAUUCAAAUAAUUUACAUUUCUCUAAAUCUCUCAUACUCUUAGCAUAACUGCGCAAGGGAAGCAGACAGAGGGCAUAAAACUCCUCGAACCACCUGAUUGCCGCCGACGAACCACCGUCACCGGAUUACAUACACUAUACAGUACUCUUUGAUUUCGAGCUAUUUACCUACUUAUUCUAUACAAUUCGGUGGAAUAUCAUCAAGGGUUUUUCAAUUUGCAAUCUUUUCAGAAAUCAUGGAACCCUCAAAUGAAGAACAACCACCCAUACUUGAUCGUACUUCUCGAGCAACUCGAGGAAAAAGGAUGACCAAAUUGCUUGAUGAUGAACUUGAAGAAGAUGAGGCUUUCUGGAAUCAAGACGCGCUUUUGGAGGAAGAGAAUGAUGGAGAAUAUGAAGCGGAACCGGAGAUCACUGAUGAGUUUGAUAGUGACUUCGGUGAAGAUGAGCCUGAGCCUGAUGAUGGAGUACAGAAUGAGGCAGAAGCAAGGGAGAAGAGGCCAAAGAAACGGCUAAUAUAUACAGGAAAGCCACAAACAAAGAAGAAAAAGAAGAAGAAGGACCUUUCUAAAUUGGAAGAAUCUUUGAAGGAAGAAAUGAAUAAGGAUGUUUCAGAAAUAGUGGAGGUCCCUGAUGAAGAAAAACAUUCCGGACAACCUACCACCUCAGAUCAUCAUGAGGAAGGUGAUGAAGCUGAAGGAGAAAAAUCUGUGAGGAAAUCUACUAGAACUGCAGUUAUUGUUAGGCAGGCUGAAAGAGAAGCUAUACGUGCUGCAUUACAGGCUACAAUGAAGCCUGUAAAAAGGAAAAAAGAAGGCGAGGAGAAACGAAUGUCUCAAGAAGAAAUGCUCCUGGAAGCUGCCCAGACAGAGAUUAUGAAUUUGAGGCACUUGGAGCGUGUAUUAGCAAGGGAGGAGGAAGUUAAGAAAAGAGCUAUUGUGCAUAAAGCUGUCUAUACUGGCCCACAAAUGCGAUAUUCAUCCAAAAAUGGAAACACAUUUAUCGAAUUCAGGAAUGGACUAUCAUUUGACUCUCAGAUCUCUACAAAACCAGUUCCUUAUCCUCAGAAAGCGCUAUGCGUUGUCACUGGACUGCCUGCAAAGUACCGAGAUCCAAAGACAGGGCUACCUUAUGCAACAAAAGAAGCAUUUCAGAUAAUACGUGAACGCUAUUCUGCUGAAAAUAACCAUGCUGAAAGUAAGUUGGCUAGUGGUGAUUUGUAUGAUUCAAUAAUUGGGCAAGGAUUUAUGAGAAAGAGGAAGAGAUCUUCCACCCCACAUCAAAAUGAAAUAUCAUAUACUCAAACUUCGAGGCGGUUUUACAGAAUUCCAUCUGCUGACGAUUUGGUUUCAGAUUAGUUGCUAGUGCAGUAAGUUACGGAGUUUUUAUGCCAUCAAUUAGGUGUAUAUUGGAGUACGAUAAGUCUCACCCUGAUGCCACAGCUGGAGAUUGGAAUGUCAGAUUGAUUCAUCAAGCUUUGGUGAAGGAAACAUUUCAUUUGCCUAGUCAGUAAUAGAGCAAGUGGAUACAGAAGCUACAGUGGUGUAGAAAUGCUGCUGCUGAAUUGUGGUUUCUGGCAAUCAUUCAGAGCUCAUAUUACUGAAUGUCCUAGGUGAAGAUCCUUUUCGGUGGCAAUACAAAAAUUCAUCUAAUUUUGGGAUAUAGUCGACUCUUGGCUAUAUUGUGCCUUUGCAACAACCCACUGUGACUAUAGUCGGCCUAAAUUCAUUCAUUAUAAGCAAAAAUGGAGAACAAUGAUAAGCAGCUGUGGUGUAUAGGAUGUUUGUCCAUGCUUAUCCAAGACUGUGCAAGAAGAUCAAUGUGAGCCCAAGCGUUGUUGACAUGAGUUUUAUACUUGGCGAUUUAGAAGUUCAUGUGAAUUUAUGUUAUUAUAAUGAUUUUUUCUCAAUUCUCAGUGCCUAAAUUUUAUCAGAUGUAAUGUGCUUUGUUUAAUGGACACACACAUAGUUGAAGUUAUGUAUAUAUAGGAGCAAAGUAGUAAAAGUUAAUAAAUUACCACCCUCUUUUUAUGGAGUAUAUGGUAAAUGGUUAGCUUGAUAUUGCUCAGUUUUUAUGUUGAACAUAUAAAAUUUUUCUCAGCACCUUUUUCUCA